AUGACCCAUCUGCUGCCGCCGCAGAUGCUGCGGCUGUUUGUCGCGCGGCCGCCGCUGGAGUAUGUGACGCCCUUGAAGGAGGACCGCGACUGGAACGCGCCGCCGCAGAAGCGGACACAAAAAGAGAUCGAGCAGCGCAAGGUGCGGCCGCUCGAAGGCGUCUCCGCCUUUCUCGAGCGCGCGCGCCAGGAAGUCGCCGACCGCGGCGAGGCGACCGACGUCGAAGACACGACACGUACCCAUGCGAUCGUGACACAGACCGAGCUGCGCCGCGAGGAAAAGAAGCGCACGCGCGAAGAGACGCAGAAGCGCAUGCGCGAAGAAUACGACCCCAAAAAGGAUACCCACGCCAUCGGCGACCCAUUCAAGACGCUGUUCUUGUCGCGCCUGGCCUACACCACGACCGAGCGCGAGCUUCGCCGCGAGUUUGAUCGGUACGGGCCGAUCGAGCGCAUCGCCAUCGUGCGCGACCGCGACGGAAAAAGCAGGGGGUAUGCAUUCAUCCUAUUCGAGAGGGAGCGCGAUAUGCGUACCGCAUACUCGCGCGCAGAGGGCGUUCGCAUCGACGGGCGCCGCGUCAUGGUCGACGUCGAGCGGGGACGCACCGUCAAGGACUGGAAGCCGAAACGCCUCGGCGGCGGACUCGGCGGCCAGUCGCGUAAGCCCAAAAUCAAGGCAGUCGCCGAUGCAUACGCACGCGGCGGGGGAUUCCGCGGACGCGGCGGUGCAUUCCGCGGCGGGUUCCGUGGCCGGGGAGGCGGCCGGGGGGGAUUUGGCCGCGACGACGGCUUCAGCGGCCGCCCGCGCGACGAGGGCUUUAGCGGCCGUGGCCGCGGCGGCGGCUUGGGGCGCGGCGGCGGCUUUGGCGGCCGCGGCGGAUUCGCACGCGACGAGCCUCCGCGCGCCUUCCGCGACGGCCCGCGCGAUGCCGACGCGGGCUACGGCGCACGCGCGUACCGCGACCGCGAUGGGCCCGCUACGAGCGGCUACGGCCGCCCGGCGAGCGGAUCCGAUGACCGCACACCAAAGCGCGCACGAUAUUAG